CACCAUCUUCCUUAGUUCCUUCCCUCCCUUUAUUAAAAUAUAAAAACUCCCAUACUCAACUCAGUCUUCCCUUUCUCUCUCCUCCACCCUUCUCAAUACUCCAACCGCCAUUCCCAAUCUCUCCUCAAAACCCUACUCCCCACCUCUGCUUUUCACACUCUCCCUCCCAUCCUUUCACAUCUCCUGCAACAAUCAUCUUCAUGCACUCAUCACCUCAAUCGAUCACUCCAGCAAAUUAAACUCCGUUCAUUCAAUUCCAACUGUUCGAUCAAUCGAUCAUGAACCUUGAUAAUUUCUGCAAUUUCGUUUUUCUAGGGUUUAAUUUGAUGAUUUGAUUUUGGAUUGCGGUUUGAUUUUGAUGCGGAUAGCUAUAGUAAUAACAAUCUACUCUUCAAAAUUCGUCUCUCACUGAUCAAAAUGAUUCGAGCAAUUCUAUCGAAGACGUGAUCUACUGCUACCUUUUUUUAUUUAUAUUGAUCUAAUUAAGUGAGAUCUGUAUAAAUUUGGUUUCUAAAACGUCUCCUUUAAUUGCUGUGAUUGCUUCUAAGGUUUUCGAUACUGGUUAAAUUCAACAUGAUUCGUGCUAUCUUAUCUAAGACGUGACCGCAUUUUCCUCCGAUUUUUCGGUGCAGAAAGCUGGUUUGAUCAAUCCGUCAAAUUGAGGAAACAGUGAUUUUCUCUCUCCUCCCGUGAGCUUGAAAAAGGUAAGGAAGAAGAAAAAGAUGCCACACAGAGCAACCUACUUUUUCCCACGGCAAUUCCCUGAUACUCGGGGUACUUUCCCACCACAACCACCCCUCACACCAACAACAACAACACCUGCAACAACAACAACUACUCCAACAUCAUCAGUUCAUCUUCACGAGAAGCACUCCUCGUCUCAUAUCAAAAGAGAUUUCGAUGUCGUCUUCAACAACAACAACAACAACAACAACAACAACAAAACCAACAACAACAAAACCAGCAGCAGCUGCAGCACUCCUUCCAUAACCGAAAAUGACGCGAAAGCGAUAUUGACGAAGAAGAUCACGGGAAACAGUUACAACAACAACAACAAGUUGGCCGCCUUUUACAGCUGGAUUGCAGCUGACAGUCGCAACAACAAGAAGAAGAACAACAAAUACAAAGGCGGUAUUAAGACGAAGUUGACAUACAGUGAUGAACAUGAACAUGAGCAGGAACUUUUGUUACCACCGGAAUCGGAACCUGUUACGACUACGCCAGUACCGGCGUCGGUGUCGGUGUCGGUGUGUGGAGAGAAAGGUUGCGGGUUGUACCGGGAUUCGUCAUUGGCGAGGCUUUCGAGUUGUGGGAGUAGUUACGGAGCUGGGAGUUUCUUCUCUAGCGAAGUGCACGAUCGCGAGGCUACUCGGUCCACGUUUCGGAGCUCGAUUACCGAGGUAGUGGAAGAGGUGGCAGAGGAGAGAGAAAAGAAUCAUCAUCAUCAUCAUCUUCACCAACAGCAACAGCAGCAGCAGUUGCAGCAGAGUUUGGCGGAUAAAGCAAGGGAGAGUUACUAUUUGCAGCUCGCUUUGACGAAGAGGCUUGCUUCUCAUGCAAAAAAUGGGAAUGAACCCACUAUGUUCUUGUUUGAGGGUGGGUCUGAGGGGCUCGGGUCGGGUUCGGAUGUUGACGCUCUGUCUUAUCGGUUAUGGGUUAGUGGAUGUUUAUCAUAUAAUGACAAGAUAUCAGAUGGAUUUUUCAACAUAUUGGGGAUGAAUCCUCAUGUUUGGGUGAUGUGCAAUGACACUGAGGAAGCUAAUGGGAUUCCGUCGUUGGCUUCUUUGAAAGCUGUUUCACCUCACGAUUCAUCAAUGGAGGUAGUAAUUGUUGAUAAGCAUGGUGAUUCUAGACUUAGGGAGUUGCAAGAUAGAGCACAAGAACUAUCCAGCACUUCAAAGAAUGCAUUAGUAUUGGUGGAGCAGCUUGGAAAACUUGUCUCUGUACACAUGGGGGGUAAUUUUCCGGUGGAGCAAGGUGAUCUACACAUGCGGUGGAAAGUGGUUAGUAAGAGAUUGAAGGAGCUCCACAAGUGUAUUGUGCUGCCCAUUGGUAGUCUCUCUUCAGGGCUUUGUAGGCACCGUGCAAUCCUUUUUAAGAAAUUGGCAGACUAUGUAGGGUUGCCAUGCAGGAUCGCUCAAGGUUGUAGGUACUGUGCUGCAGAUCAUCGAUCAUCUUGCCUUGUUAUAAUUGAAGAUGACAGACAAUUACCAAGGGAAUAUAUAGUUGAUCUGGUUUGUGAGCCGGGAAAUGUCCGCAGUCCAGAUUCAUCUGUCAAUGGAGGUCUGCUUGCAGCACUGUCUUCACCAUUUCAGAUUUCUCGUCUCCAAGAAUUUCAACAGACUUUUGUAUACAAUUCCUCAUGUAACCAAAUACCUAUGACAAAACAAACAUAUGCUUCUUCUGGUCUUCUUAGUCCUGGAAGUUAUAAAGGAGCUUGGCAUAACGAGGAAAGUAACUUGCUCAAGGAAGGGAAUAAGAGCAAUGUCUACAAUCCUCUUGAUGAAAGUUGUAGAGGGAUGAAAUCUUCUGUUGUGCCUUUAUUACUGGAGAAAUCAGAGCAUCCAGUAAUUCAGAGGUCUGAUUUAGUUGCCAUCCAAACAGUCCCUGAAGUUUUGGCAAGUCCUGUAGCAGUAUCUAGCCUUAGUGUGGAAGAAUAUAUACAACAGAAAAAUUACAGGAAAGAAAUGGUUGUGCAGCAAUCUGUAGUUGUUGAUAAUGUUCAACCUGUAGCUCAAGAGGGUGAUGGUGAACAGUGCAUGUUUUCUGCUUCGUCUAUUCCCAGAUUCUUGGACCUUGAACCUUCUCUCGCUAUGGAUUGGAUGGAAAUAUCUUGGGAUGACUUGCAUCUCAAAGAGCGUGUUGGUGCUGGUUCAUUUGGGACUGUGCAUCGAGCUGAAUGGCAUGGAUCGGAUGUUGCAGUGAAGGUCUUAACUGUCCAAGAUUUUCAGGAUGAUCAGUUGAAGGAGUUCCUUCGUGAGGUUGCAAUAAUGAAGCGUGUCCGUCACCCCAACGUGGUUCUCUUUAUGGGUGCUGUAACAAAGCGUCCUCACCUAUCCAUAGUAACAGAAUAUCUACCCAGAGGUAGCCUAUACCGGCUUUUGCAUAGACCAUCUGCAGGCGAAGUCUUGGAUCACAGAAGGCGAUUGCGGAUGGCGUUAGAUGUGGCCAAGGGGAUCAAUUAUCUGCACUGUCUUACCCCUCCUGUAGUGCAUUGGGAUCUAAAAUCUCCCAACUUGCUGGUUGACAGGAAUUGGACCGUGAAAGUAUGUGAUUUUGGUUUGUCCAGAUUCAAAGCGCACACAUUCAUUUCUUCAAAGUCUGUUGCUGGAACUCCUGAGUGGAUGGCCCCUGAGUUUUUACGUGGAGAACCUUCAAAUGAAAAAUCAGAUGUUUACAGCUUCGGAGUCAUCUUAUGGGAACUGGUUACAAUGCAACAACCAUGGAGUGGACUUGGCCCAGCUCAGGUGGUUGGAGCUGUUGCUUUUCAGAACAGGAGGCUCACAAUCCCAGCAAGUACCUCUCCUUUGUUGGCUUCCCUCAUGGAAGCAUGCUGGGCCGAUGAACCGAGUCAACGACCAUCUUUCAAGAAAAUAGUAGAAACCUUAAAAAAGCUCCUGAAAUCCCCAACACAGGUCAUACAAAUGGCUACACCAUAAUAAUGGGAUAAUGAUCUCGAAAUUUUCAUGUUCAGCUAACGAUUUCUUUGAUUUUGCAACAACCUGAAUAAUCCUCCGCGAAUGCAGUAAUGCUCGGGGUAGUAGUAACUAGUAAGUACCUCUUCUUCUUUAAAAACAUUUCUUGUUUCGUUUGAACGGUGUUGUUUGUUGUUCAUAGGCAAAACCAAUCCAUGGAAGUGUAAAUGCUGGAGAAUUGUAAUUGAUACAUUAUGUAUUGUAGCGUCUAUGUAGGUGAUACGAUGAUGGUUUUUUAAUUCGUGGAUCCCCGAAUAUUUAUUAGGGUGACCAAACUAGCAAUUCUAUGUUUUAAUUUGACUGUUAAUGCUGUACUCAAAGAUUGUAAUGCAAGAUCAUUUCAGAUUUUAGUCGUA